CGUCACUGCCGGAGGCUUCAAAGCAUCAGUCUUCCCUUCACAACAGCAGCUCCACGGCUCCGUGGACAGCUAGCGCCCCGCACCCGGACUUCUAGAGGGGAAAUGUUGCUUAAACUGCGGCGUACUACACCCUUUUCUUCCAGAUUCAUGUCGGCAAAGGGCACACCGAAGCCUUCGAUAUGCGCUUUCGCGGGGACGCUUUUAAGUUAAAAUAGGCGGCGGUAGGAAAAAGCUGAGGUAAAUUCUACGAGGAUGACUGACUAGUUAUGAAGAUGAGUCCUGCUGGCAGUGUGAAGCAGUAGAACUUGACAGACGUCCUGAGGGUCUUCCCUGCGCUCUGUCGGACAGCGCAAGAAGAUUUUGAACCAUGCCUGUACGGAGAGGUCAUGUCGCGCCACAAAACACAUUUUUGGGGAUAAUUAUACGGAAAUUCGAGGGGCAGAAUAAGAAGUUCCUCAUAGCCAAUGCCAGGGUCCAGAACUGCGCCAUCAUCUACUGCAACGACGGCUUCUGUGAGAUGACAGGGUUCUCGCGGCCGGACGUAAUGCAGAGGCCGUGCACCUGUGACUUCCUGCACGGGGAGAUGACGAGUCGCCAUGCCGUGGCCCAGGUGGCCCAGGCCCUGCUGGGCUCUGAGGAGCGCAAGGUGGAGAUCACCUACCACCGCAAAGAUGGCUCGGACUUCCUGUGCAUCACACACAUCAUCCCGGUGAAGAACGAGGAGGGCGUGGUCAUGAUGUUCAUCCUCAACUUUGACUACGUUCUGAAGGAGGGCAGCAGCGACUCUCUGGAGAGACUCAACCACCCGUCUCCUGCCAAAGCUGACGUCCGGAAAGGCCGUUUCUUCCGGUUUCGCUUCCCCUCCCUGCACCUCCUGGGCGUCAGCAAGCAGUCUCUCCCCCAGGAGGACCCUGAUGCCGUCACCAUCGACUCCCCCCGCCGCAGCGACUCCCCCCGCCGCAGCGAUGAGUCCGUGGUAACCCGUGACUACCAGCUGCCCACACGGGAGAGCUGCAGCCCUUCCUACGCCAAUGACACCCGCGCCCUCAUCGCCCCCAGCCACUGCUCCACCCCCCUCUCUGGCCCCCUGGACCACUCCUCCCCCAAGGGACCUUGGGACAGGCUGUACCCUGCUCCCACGCCCCCCCCGCCCCCAGCCUCCCCCGGCCUCACCCCCGCGGCCUCCAGGGAGAGCCUGGGGAGCGUCCGGAGGGCAUCCUCCACCCAGGACAUGGAGGCCCUGAGCUCCCACUCCAGGAUGCUCUUCAGGGACCGCCAUGCCAGCGAAGACAAUGGUCGCAAUAUCAAAGUUUCUCGUUCCUGGAUGGCUGGGGGUCCCUUCAACCAGAUCAGAUCCAGUCUGCUGGGCUCCACCUCCGACUCCAACCUCAGCAAGUACAGCACCAUCAACAAGAUCCCCCUCAUCACCCUCAACUUCUCAGAGAACAACGACAGGAAGUGCCCCUCGUCCCCCACGUCCGAGAAAACCAUCAUCGCCCCCAAGGUCAAAGACCGCACGCACAACGUCACCGACAAGGUGACACAGGUGUUGUCUCUGGGAGCUGACGUCCUACCCGAGUACAAGCUCCAGACGCCACGCAUGGACCGGUUCACCAUCCUCCACUACAGCCCCUUCAAGGCGGUGUGGGACUGGCUCAUCCUGCUGCUGGUAAUCUACACGGCCAUCCUGACGCCCUACUCCGCCGCCUUCCUCCUCAACGACCGCGAGGAGCAUAAACGGCGCGAGUGCGGCUAUUCCUGCUCCCCGCUCAACGUGGUGGACCUCAUGGUGGACAUCAUGUUCAUCGUGGACAUCCUCAUCAACUUCAGGACCACCUACGUCAACGUGAACGAGGAAGUGGUCAGCCACCCUGCCAAGAUCGCCAUCCACUACUUCAAGGGCUGGUUCCUCAUCGACAUGGUGGCCGCCAUCCCCUUCGACCUGCUGAUCUUCGGCUCGGGAUCGGACGAGACCACCACUCUGAUUGGCCUGCUGAAAACAGCCCGUCUCCUCCGAUUGGUCCGCGUGGCCAGGAAGCUGGACCGCUACUCUGAGUACGGCGCUGCAGUCCUCAUGCUGCUCAUGUGCAUCUUCGCGCUCAUCGCCCAUUGGCUGGCCUGCAUCUGGUACGCCAUCGGGAAUGUGGAGAAACCGUACCUGGACCACAAGAUUGGCUGGCUGGACAACCUGGGCGUGUCCAUCGGGAAGCGCUACAACUACAGCGACCCGGCGUCGGGUCCGUCCAUCAAGGACAAGUACGUGACAGCGCUGUACUUCACCUUCAGCAGUCUGACCAGCGUGGGCUUCGGGAACGUCUCCCCCAACACCAACUCUGAGAAGAUCUUCUCCAUCUGCGUCAUGCUGAUCGGCUCCCUCAUGUACGCCAGCAUCUUCGGGAACGUGUCGGCCAUCAUCCAGCGCCUGUACUCGGGCACGGCGCGCUACCACACCCAGAUGCUGCGGGUGCGAGAGUUCAUCCGCUUCCAUCAGAUCCCCAACCCCCUCCGCCAGCGCCUGGAGGAGUACUUCAAGCACGCCUGGUCCUACACCAACGGCAUCGACAUGAACAUGGUACGAAUGUGUGGCUUCCCAGAGUGUCUCCAGGCAGACAUCUGCCUCCACCUCAACCAGAGUCUCCUCCAGGACUGCAGGGCCUUCCGGGGAGCCACCAAGGGCUGUCUGCGGGCGCUGGCCAUGAGGUUCAAGACCACCCACUCCCCGCCCGGCGACACGCUGGUUCACAGUGGAGAUGUGCUCACCGCUCUCUAUUUCCUGGCACGCGGCUCCAUCGAGGUGCUGAAGGAUGACGUGGUGGUGGCCAUACUGGGGAAGAACGACAUCUUUGGAGAGAUGAUCCACCUGUACGCCAAGCCAGGGAAGGCCAACGCGGACGUGCGAGCACUGAGCUACUGCGACCUGCACACCAUCCAGAGAGAGGAGAUCCUGGAGGUGCUGGACAUGUACCCUGAGUUCGCUGACCACUUCCUCCACAACCUGGAGCUGACCUUUAACCUCCGGGACGAGUAUGCCAAGACCACACACCCCAAGACCAGCGACUCAGACGGAGGAUGCAGGAGGAGGCAGUCCCACAAGAGAAGACCCUCGGCAGUGGGGCUGGGAACACCAGCUCAUCCCAGCCCUUUGCACAAGCAAAGGAACCACAACAAGGAGGAGACGACAGCGUGCUGUGAGGGGGGGCAGGAGAGGCCGCUGUACCCCCACUCCCACACCCCCUCCCGGACGGAGAGGAACGAGAGGAGGGGGAGGAGGGGGAGGAGGGAGUCAGCGGAGGAGGAGGGCAGAGAGGAGGAGGUGGAGCAGAGGCCGCUGUGCUCGGGGGUGCUGGGGUACCCCUCCGUAAGGGAGCAGUCUCUGGGGCUGGCCGAGGAGUCCCACCACCAGGGCGGCGCUAGCGCAGACAGAGAACACUCUUACAAAGAGGGCUGGGUGUGCAGGAGACCCAGGGGCGUGGAGGAGCAGGCUGGCCCAGCAGAGGAGCCCCGCGGCGGGGAGGAAGACAGCGACACGGACCUCACCUACGGAGAGGUGGAGCAACGCCUGGACCUCCUGCAGGAGCACCUGAAUAGGCUGGAGUCCCAGAUGACAUCAGACAUCCAGGCCAUCCUGCAGCUGCUGCAGCGGCAGACUGCGCUGGGUCCCCCGGCCUACAGCACCGUCGCCUCCAGCCCCGACUACCAGAGCCCAGCCGUCAGGGGCCAGCCCGACCCUGCCACCCCCAGCCCCCCAGCCCCCCAGAGCCCGGACAUGGAGAAACCCAAAAACAAAUCCAAAGAUUCCACGUCCGGCACGGUCUCCGCGGAAACGGUUCCGGAAGGAGAACCGUCGGAACAGCGGGAGAGGGACGUUGACACUGAGCGCAGACACGACAGAACACACCCCCUCAAGUCUCCCCCACAGAACCCAGACCAGGCCACCGCCCAGGCCCAGGACCAGGCCCCCAGACCCCGCCUCCCCUCCUCCAGACAGGCCUCUCUCCCGGACACUUCCCCCUGCAGCUCCGGGGCUCCACCGACCCCUCUCUGAUCCAGGGUUUCCAGGGAAGUAGGCUCCUUAGCCUGCAUCUUCUCAUCCUCCCCCCCCCCUGUCUCUUCAGAGCGCUAGAGGUCCUCUCUCAAGUCUGACUCAGGGUCUAAGGAGACUGUGUUAUGCAAGGAAAAACUGUCAACUCUUCCAUUCCUUUUUAAACAACAAAAAGAAGUAAAAAAAUGUCCCUCUCUCUCGUCCCCAUGGAGACAGUAUGACAUCACCAUACUCACAGUUAGAUAUGUACGACGCACAUUCACCAUACAUACACACAGUUAGAUAUGUACGACGCACAUUCACCAUACAUACAGUUAGAUUUGCAUCAUGGCUCUUGAGGGUUGUCAUUUUCUUCUUCACCGUGUACAUACUUUCAGAUGAACACUGCCAGAAAGACAAGGCACAUGCUCGUUCCUAAAAGAGAAAUGCAUGUUUCGAAAAGGGUUUUCUGUCGCAUGUUCCACCUCUCACAGCGUAGUCACGGUGUGACUGUCUGUCGCAUGUUACACCUACAGCACAUCUCACAGCGUAGUCAUGGUGACGACUGUCUGUCGCAUGUUACACCUACAGCACAUCUCACAGCGUAGUCACGGUGACGACUGACGAUGCUCCUUUAUCGCUGUUCCUGUUCUCUUGGGACAAAGCUACUUGAAAAAACUCAGACAUUUUUACUGAGCAUCUUUAAGAUGUGCAGUUAAAAGCUUUUCAAUUGCCUGUCACAGGUUAAACAGACACCAUGUAUGUAUUUCAAUACUUUUUAUGUACUUGAUAAACACCCAACUAGCCAGAUAUUAUACUCUAGUCUAGAAGAUAUACUGUGCCUAAACAAAACAUCAACAUACUUAAAAUCAUUAAAUGUCAGCGGAUGUAAAACCACAGGUUAGAAGGAUUUAGCUUAGAGGGAGUGUGCUUGACCUCAAAACCAAAAAGUUGCAGGUUCAAAUCCCCCGUACUGUAUGUCCCUUUGGAUAAAAUAGUCAGCUAAAUGAAUUCAUUUUAAUCACAAUCACUCUAGUUAAAAGAACAUUUACCAACUAUAAAAUGUUCAGCCUAUGUUGACAAAGUUUGUGUGCGAUGAUUAGGGAUCUCCUUCAACUAUAUUAGCCUCUUGGCACAUGAAAGCAAUAAUAGCAACAUAACACAUUACAUUAAUUUUAUGUUUUGUCUAAAACGAAAUCAGUAAAACUUUGCUAGUUACAUUUGUCGCAAAUGCAUAUCACUGUAAACAUUUUGUAGUGCUACUUUUAGCAAAUUCUUCAGUAACUUGAAUUAUUCACUCAUAAAAAUAUUAUUGACAUUAUUUUGACGUGAAGUGUCUAUAUGUCUUGGUCUUCACCUUACACACGUAUGACCUUCAGUAUGUGUACUACUGUAAGCACAUCAAAGGAGAAAUGGACGCAAAUGUGGACACAAAUGUACUAUUGAAAAUAAUUUAACUAAUUGACAAGUAUGCCACAGUCUUUACCAUGCAUGAUUAGUCUUCCAUCAUUUUCCAGAUGAACACAUUUUGUAUUAACCGUUCUAAGCCAAGAGAAAAUCUAUUUACUCAUCUUAAAAAAAUAAUAAUAAUAUUUAGCAACUAGUAAAGAUUUGAUUGACUCUUAACCCAAAAAUAACAUGUUUUAUAAUAGCCUAUACAUUAAAACAUUGUCAAAGAAGAGACAUUCUAGGGGUUCUGAACUAGCAACAAGUUCAAUCUGUUAGCCUUAGCUAUACUAGCCUUUACACAAUACACCCUACAUCACAUCCAGCUCAAUUGUAUGCAUCCAACUGCAAUGUAAAAUUAUUGAACAAUGUUAAGAUUGAUACCGUAUGGGUGAAUUGCAUGUUACAAAUGAAUUAGUCAUAUUAGUUUUAUAAGAAUUGACACAAACGCAACAACCACUGUCAAGGGGUGUGACACUGCAUGAAGACACCAACUGGCAGUUUGUUUUAAAUGACUUGUUUGUGAUGUUAGUUGAUUGCGGGGAGAGGAAGAAAUGGAAAAUACUGGUAAAACCCUAUUUUUCUAAAAGUUGAAACUUAAUUUUCCAUGGUUAUUACUUUUCUAUGUGGUUUGUGGUAAUUACGCUUUUGUAAGCCCCAAUGUAAGAGCAGUGAAAAGUCAUAAACAACACAUAUCGUCCUCUUCUAUGUAGCAGUAUACAACAGACAGUUGGAGGGCCAGACAGACCCUGAUGGAAUUUCCUACCAGCCAACUGAGAAACAUCUACGCAUGUAUUUAUUUGUUGGAGUAUUUUUCUAUUGAACAAGUAUUCAGAUAUCUCUCAAAUCCUCUCGCUUAUUCCGUGUACUAGAUAUAUUCCUGCUCCAACACGCCUUCCACCGUCAACAGAAUAUGGAACGCUUGCUGCUGAAUUCCAGAACUUCCCCCUUCUACCUCUCGUUUCCUAGGCAACUGUAGAAUUCAAGCAGGUUGCAUGACGCCAGCAGAAUGCCGUUCCUGAGUCGGAGAGAUAUCUGAAGUAUUACCCUGUCCUAACCUGUAUCUGUAUAGGGGUGGAUUUGGAAUUCAGCAAUAGUAAUACCAGUGUAUGUAAAUAACUCAGCAAGCAAACUCACCAUCACACUAGACUAACAGACAUGGGCUGGUACCUGCGCAAACCUAACAGAGCGUGUUGUUUCAACAUGCUUUCCAAGGACACAGAUGUUGUAUAAAUGUACUUGGUAUGUUCACAGCCUACGGAACGGGCCUCUGGACUGAGUGGGAUUUGCAAACAUUUGCACAGAAAUUAGAAACUGCUUUACUGGAUAGAAAUUUCACUUUUUAAAUCUAGUUCAGUUCGAUUGUUUUUAUGCAUUUUUUAAAUGUUUGCCACUGUAUUUUAUACAAUGCAACACUUAACAGCUCAUUUGAAUGUUUCUGUUCUUGAAAUAUUUAAAGAAAUGAAAUAUUAUGUACAUACAUUGAAACAUUUGCGCAAUUGUAUAAAUCAAUAAACAGAAUGCAC